CAGCAAUCGCAUUCAUGAAUAAAUACUAACUGAGCGGGGAUAUGCUACAACAAUGGAUGCUUAUAUGUAUUCGACUUGCCGCACUCGAUUAUGGUAUGUUUGUAUGUCGUUAUUGAGGGUGAGAUCAUUUGCAUCAUUCAUGUCAGCUCCCUUUGGCCAUGUUUAUGAUGCCAGGAACCUUUAUGGAACGAUAUCAGUGGUAGGACCAGCUUUUGUAAACAGGGAAGUUAUACUGAAAGCGACACCAUACCAUCCUUGGAGAUGUGACGUAGCUUGGAGAUACUUAAUGGAUGGUUACACAAAAUUCCAAACAAUGAAUGGGACUGAUGCUAAAAAAUAUUCGGAGAAUGGGUCAUUCUUCUUGAAAUUGAACGCUUCCAUUGAAUACAACCGAGCUGAUUUCUACGCCGACUGCUUAACAAACACAACGAUCAGUACACCCAUGAUUACUUUAAAUAUGAAAGAUAUUAAUGGACUAUGUGGAGCUCUCGUGAUUCUAAGUCCGGUUGUUCGAGGUGCAGAAGUCAAACUCGGAUAUUUUCCGUCUGACCAGUCUUUAAAGCGUCAAACGUUCACUCAAAGAACAUGGAAGAAAGACACGCAGAAGCUUCAGCUACGAGAAGGUUCUCACGAAGAGGAACUAUUUUCAGAAUAUUUGUACAUAUUGAAAAUAUUAAACUUCAGAGAAGAGGAUAAAGGAACGUACACUUUAAAUUGCAAUUCGGGUGGCAACACGGAUUCAGUGCAGCUUCAUAUUUCAGAGAGACCGAGUUACCCAGUUCUCGGUCCAAAGUAUCCUGACUUUAACACAACAGAAUGUAUUUAUGUGUAUGCUGGCUCCGACUUUUAUUGCAAAACUGAAAAAGGAACCGAGCCUGUACAAGUAGAACUUUUAAUUGAACGGGAUUCAUUUUAUCUUGAAAAAAGCAAAGGGAACACUAGUUUGUACCGAUUCCAAAACAUUCAUCAACAAAUGGAUGGACAAUCUAGACGGAAUGUGACAUGUCAGGUUUUAAAUGCAGCCAUUGAAACACCCUAUGAAGUGCACGGCAUUUUAUGUAAUGUAGAAAAAGGUAGCCGGCCUGUUCUAACAGUUCCUGAAGAAUUUCAUGGAGAAAGGUCUACAUUAGUUUGUGAAGUGCGAAAUGCUUUCCCAGCUCCGGCAAUAGAAAUACGCGUUGACAAAGUUUUGCAAGUUGAUGUUCAACAAAUUGAUUUAUUUAACGGAUCCAUUCAUACGUUUACGAGCACAGUAACGAUGGAAAAGAUGAACAAAGCAUGGAAUGGAAAACGAAUAUGCUGUACCGUUAAACCCAAAUACGAGUUUGGUCUUGAAAAUGUGUCAGCAUGCAAAAACAUCGAUAUGAAAUAUCCGCCGUCGGACCUUUUGAUGUCCGUAAACAAUAAACCUGACUAUAAUGGGAAUGGUUUUGACUGUUUAUUAAACCUGUUUUGUGAAACGAAUGAAUCAAAUCCGCCUUGCGCUAUCGAAUGGUCAAGCGACAACGAUAAUUUAAGAUACAUUUAUAGCAGCAAUUGGACUAAUGAAGAACAUGGGAGCUACCGUUCUGUUUCCAACGUACUUUACAAAGUGACCGAAGACAUGACUGAGGGAACUAUAACAUGUUCAACAAGAUGUGAUCAUUUUCCAUCUCAUUUAUAUAAAGACUAUACAUUAUCGUUUUCAGAUUUUCCUUUAGAUUUAUUUAUGGAAUCAGCUAUUGAAAAAGACAGCAAUUCUAAAAUACUUAACUUAACCUGCCACACUGGUGGGACAUGCAUACCAUGUGCUAUUACGUGGAGCAGCAACUCCGUCUUUCUUCACCCACUAUCGACCUCACAAUGGACAAAGAACAGUGGCUCUGGCUAUACAAGUGUUUCAAAUGCGCUCUACUACAUUACUAAAGAUGUGGACGGAAAAGAAAUACAAUGUUCUGCAAAAUGCUGGAACGAUUCAUCUGAUUCAAAACAUGAAAGAUACACAAUUUCUUUUCAGGCUUUUCAAGCUGAACACUGGCGUACGUUAGUCCUUUACGCCUUAUCUGGAACCUUACUUCUAACACUUGCCACAACGCUCAUCGUGCUUCUCGUUCGUCGAUGCAAACCUCAUGCGUAUGAAAGGUUUCUACGCCGAAGAAGACCUGCAGAAAGCGACCCUAGUAGACAUGUGUACGAUGCUGUUCAGUCUACUGUUGAGACAACUACGCUUCACGAUCUAAGAAGGCUAUCUGCAACGGCCCCUGAGAACACAUCUCCACUCUCGGUUAUGGAAGAACAACAAGUCCGUCCAAAUAGAAACGAAUGCCCCUACGAUUAUGUGGAUACCUCACCCGACCACCAGAACCAUGGGAAAAAUACACCGGCUGCAUCUUACAUCCAUGCGAUAUAAAGCAACCAAUCGGACCAAUCAAAUUGUUUGAGUAAACACAACCAAAUAAAAAAUUGCCAAUACUUGUAAAUAUAUUUCAAUGUGAACAUUCUAAUCUUUGACUUCAUUUUAUUAUAAAUAUAAUAUUUCGAUAUUCUGGUUAUGUCGCACAUUUUUUUGGAAUGUUGUGGGUUGAGAUAGACAUGUUAUGUAUUUCGGUAUAUCGAAUGUUAAUUUCCCAUUUUCCCGAGGUCCUCACGACUUCGACAUUUGACUGAAUGUAACGUGGUUAUAAUUUUUUUUUGUAAAAACAAGACAUAACAUGAAAUACAUAAUUUACAAAUAGAAUUCUAAUAUGUAAUAAAAUGUAAUAUUCGAUAUACGAAUCACAUAUUAUGGUAAACGAUAUAAUCAUUAUUUAUUUUAUUAUAGUCAUACGAUUUAUGAGGUACGUUUUGUUUGACAAGUCCUUAUGCAUGCCUGAAGGGUUUUGCACUCGUCCUUAGGCUAGUGACAGGGACACACGCACGCACGUACGCUUGCCCGCGUGCGUGCGGUGUGUGU